GUCCCUUUUGAAGGAUCACAGGGGAUCAGUUAUAUCGGCGAUAUAAAAGGUAGUGACUUCAAUUGGACCGAAUCACUGGAAGUAGAUCUAAUAAUCGAUGGAUUAAGCCAAAUUUUCGACGAAAAUUUUCACAAUUUGACCAUCCGUAAUGUCAAAUCCGUAAACUAUCUGAGAUCUGGAAUGCAGAGAGUGGGAAAGAGCCUGGUCAACAGUAUCCAGUACUUUUUGAGCUACCUUGGAUUGUUCAGAUCGAAUAACAAACUAGUCUCUGCAGUUCACAAACUAACCAACUACGAAAUCCGCUCAGCAACAAUAAAAGAUGAAGUACUACGUCAAUACUUAUCUCUAGCAUACUUGAUCCCUCUACACUCUGAAAUAUCAACAAGGAUUAAUCGUCAUUUCCUCAGAAGUAAUUAUCCUUCUAAAGGAUACGCUCGAUCUAAUUUUGACCUGGUCAAAGAUUCCAGCGACAAUGGUGACAGCUGGACAUUCAAGUGGCUAAAUUUAAUUGGAAAGUUCUACGAUUUUUUGGCUAAUGCUUUCGAUUGUUUGGAUUCUGGAAAAUGGUAUGAUGUCAAAAAAGCAUUUCAAGACUUGAUGAAAUAUCGAAUGAAUGCCGUCAAAAAAAUCAUUACUCAGCGAUUACAAAGACCUAUUCCUAAUCACCCGAAGAUAAACGGUGUUGUUUUCACAGAUCACCAAGCUUUCAUCUGUGAUAUUAUAGUCAGAGAUUUGAAGAGCGAUUUCAGAAACUGCUUAUUGCAAGUCCGGGCAAUUGAUGCUUGCAGCAAGAAAAAUGCUGCUCCACUUUCUUCUGGUAGGUCGCAAGCAAAAGUUUCAAAUAUUCUAGAGAAAAGUAUGCAUAGUAGUAUUGGAUCGGAUUGCAUCGUCAAGAAAAGUAAUGAAAGUAUGACGACAUUUUGUAGAAACGGGCUAAAAAGUAAUUUGACCAAAUCGUUAAUUCUUCUCUUCUCCCAAUCCAACCAAAACAGAUUGUACAACUCGCCUAGUCUGGAAUACAUGAUGGACUACGUCAGUAGAGCAGUUGUUAAGAAUAAAUUGAUUUUCAAUGCCUUCAAGAAUUUUUUAGGUAUGAAAAGUAUUUUCAAACCGCGCGCUUAUGGAGCUCAUUCUAAAAAAUUAAGGAAUCAUCUGUCUGAAGUUAUUUUGCGAUUAAUUGGCCGAGUGCAUGUGAUGAACACCAAAAUCGGAAAAAAACUAGUUGAAGUUUCAGAAGAUCCUAAGAAAGUGUUGUCUAAGAAUUUUGGGACCAUGAGAUGCAUUACUAAAUGGAUAGACAAACUCUUGAAUCGCACGCGGCAUCAGUCAUUAACAAGAAAAUCGAGGCAUGAUAAGAAUGUUGAUGCAGAAAACGGUGAAGGAAAUCCAUUAAGAUAUCAUGAAAAGUCGAUCAGAGAGCUAGUGGUUUCGAUGAGGAGUCUCAGUGAACUUAAUUUGAGGAAAAGUAGCACGAUAUUUACACUCGCUAAUACCUUUCUAUUGGCUACGGUCUUCUAUGAAUGCAUCAGUAUUCUAGUCACUUUGAUGUACCACGGAGAUAAUAGUCAUUCUUCGCAUGCUGAUCAUAAUCAUAAUUAUCAUCACGAUGAGGGGAAUUAUGAUACUAAUCCCGUGACUACCGAACAAAUAACUGUCAUUGAUGAUAACUAUGGAGAGUAUGAACAAUUUGAACAGCCAGGAAACCGAAUCCAUAGACGGGAAAUUGGAGAACAAUAUGAUAAUUUUUCGAGCGUUCGAGAUCUGAUGAAUGAUGAUACCAAAAAAUUUAACUAUUUUUAUUUUAAUGAUAUUGUUAAAGAGUAUUAUAAU